CUCGGGUGUAAAGAGCUCAAAUCAUGCAGCAGCAAAACGGUCCCCCGAUCGAUUUACCGUCUCUCUGCUCCUUAUCCUAAGGACACGUUAGCUAGGCAAGCUUUUUCAUGUCUCUUUCUAGUCGGAAUCUUUACGACAUUUGGGUCUCUCAAACCGUCCACUUUUCUCCUUCUAUCCAUUCCUUGUUCUCCCAAGAAUAACCAAAGGCGCCCUAGCUCCAUCAUCAUCAACUGUGUUUUUUUUUUUUUUGUACGAGGGUCUUGACCAGUGCCGCCGACAUAGCUAGAGAGCUGCUAGCUAGCUAUACAGCAAGCAAUAUUAAUAUUAUGGUGAAUUUACAUGUCCGGCUUCUGGACGCACAGCCACCAGAGAAUACUGGCGACAAGGCUAAUGAGCGGUCGAGUUUGGACACCAACAUGGUGAUCAUACUGGCGGCCUUGUUGUGCGCUUUAAUAUGUGCGCUGGGGUUGAACUCAAUUGUGCGCUGCGCCAUCCGUUGCAGGCGGAGAUUUGGGACCGAGACACCAGAACAAACGGCGGCCCGGCUGGCGGCUACUGGCCUAAAGAAGCGCACUUUGAGCCGGAUUCCGGUGGCGGUAUACGGGGCAACUGGAUUGAGUAUUACGGCUACGGAAUGCCCAAUUUGCCUGGGAGACUUCGUGGAUGGAGACAGAGUCCGGGUAUUGCCGAAAUGUAAUCAUGGGUUCCAUGUGAAGUGCAUAGACAAAUGGCUCCUAUCACACUCGUCUUGCCCUAAUUGCCGGCACUCUUUGCUUCUGCCGCCGGCAACUUCACAUGCAGCAGCGGAUCACGGAGGUCAGCCGCCGGCCGCCGGCCAACAGGUCUGAUAUAUAUAUAUAUAUAUAUAUAGUUGUUGUUGAGGCAUGCUAGCUUGACAAUAAUGUUCAAGAUUUGGUGCCCAAGAUCGAUCUGUCGAGUUUUGCUCUUGCCAAAAUUAUGUAAGUUAGAGGUGCCAAUGUAGUUUCUUCUUCUUCUUCUUCUAUGAAAAUGGAUUAAUUGCUGGUUUAACUGAAAUUAGUCAUGUGAUAAUUUCAAGUUUUCAACUGCUAACUUAGCCAAAUAUAUAUAUAUAUAUAUAUAGAAAGAGAGAGAGAGAGAGAGAGAGAUUUCAACAGCUAGAGUUUUGUGUGUUAGAUUUUAUUUAUUACAAAAAGUUCGAAGGAAUAUUUUGUUGCAUCUAAUUAACUUAAACAAUCACACAUGUCAUCUUAAUUAUAAUUAGUCAGUGAUAAUGUUAUAAUGAAUAUUUUCUUCCCACUGUUACAUCAUGAUUUAGCCAAUUAAUGUUACAUAUUUUUAUAACAUAAAACAUAGCCUAUAUGUUAAAUUCACACCUAGUUUUUGGACUUGCAUUGCAUGGUUAGAAAUGGAAAAAUAUUAAAUACCAAAUAGUGACUAAUAAAUAAUGAUAUUGAUUAUUUAAUUUAUUAUUUUUACUCUUGUUGUAGCUUAUCUUUCGUGGGACGUGUCGUUUUCCCAUAUUAUGUGUCUUUCUCUUGAGAGAAAAACUCCUAUCGAAAAAGAUAAGAGUUGAGCAUCCUCUUGGGAAAAGAAGUUCUCCCUAAGAAAAAUAAAGAGGAGCAUUCUCUCGGGCAAAGAAAUUCCCCUGGAGAAAUAUCCUUCACGUCGUCGAGCAUUACAUAGCAUUUUACUUGAUCGAAUCAUACUCUCGAGAAACAACAAAAGAGACCUUUUCGAGGACGACUAAUGCCCUAUCAUUGCCUUAUGCAAUGACGACCUGCAUUAAGAGGCAUUCUUUCUCUCAGAGGAUUAAUCCUCUAAAGGAUUUCUCACCGAGCUUAAUUUGUGUUUAACUCAAGGCAAUACCUUGCAUCCCUCAUGCAUACAUGCCACACAUCCUAAUCACCAACAUUUAGGAGGUAUAAACACAUCUACUUCGUCUUUGAAUUUUUUUGUUGAAUUCUUUGACGACACCUUUCAACUUCUCACACAUACUUACACUUCACCUGCUUGUUAGGAACGACUUAUACUUUUUCUGGACAAUUACACCUGUUUGUCCAUAGCAUCAUAAAAACCAUUUCUAACUUUAAGUAUCAUAGGGCCCGCAUAAGAGAAAUCCUCGUGUGCCUUUUGAUUGAAAGUGUACUACCUUGCAGUGUCACUUUUCCUAGACAGUGAAGUCACUUCUGUAGACCUACCUCUCACUCUCCCGUUUUAGUGUUAUGCUGCUUAUUCAAGUUCAACAUAUACUUAUUUAAGAGACUAAAGCCAAUUGAUCUCUCAUUUUGGACAGAGACACAAGUUUUCCCAAACAAUAGCUAAACUCUACCAAGGGUAGCAGCGUGCGAGCUACUUCUUCCCGGCUUGCAUAUCAAGUUUCUUGUCUUACUCUAUCACAAUUUGAACUUUUCUCUUUAUAAAUUCUAAUUGUAUUUCCAAGAACAAUAACUUUCAAUGAUAUAGGUUGUUAUAUGUUUUGGUUUUAUAUUAUUUAGUUAUUUUCAAAUUUGAAAAAUAUAGUUAUUUUUUAUAGUUUUUAUUUGUGUGAUGAUGAUGAUCAUUGUUGUUAAAAUUGCGAGUCAACUCUUACGAUUUUACGAGUCAUAAGGCAUAAAACGAGUAAACUCACUUAUAAGAUUGGAUUUUUAUAGAAUCGAACUUGAUUCACGAGUUUUUCGGUUCGAGUUUACUAAGUCCGAGUUUACGAAUUUAUUGAGUUUAGUCUUGCCUACAUUUUUGAGGUUAGAGACAAAAAUAUUUUUGUUUUUAACUUACAUAUAUAUAUAUAUAAUUGUUAUCAAUCUCUCAUUUGGUUCUUUUACAAACCCUAAACAGAGUUAUGUUUGUGGCUGCUUGUUGUGUCAUUUUGCAAACCCUAAUCAUUGUCGAUCUUGCUUUGAUGUUUCUUCUUCGUUCAUUCACCUUGAAAGUUUGAACAAUCAAACUCAACCCAAGUAUGUGAGUGAGAGUGACUAUGUUUUGUUGACUUCGAUAAUCAUUUGCUAUGUGUGCACUAUGUUGCGUCCAAUUGAUAUGCUUAGUGAAUGAGUGUGGUGUGCGAGUGUGUCUGCGUGUAUGCAUUCUUAUUUGUGAUGUUGUUAUCUACACUUACAAGUAGGUACAAAUUCAAAGAAUUAAUCUUAAUUAUAUCACAAUCAGAUUAUAAGUAGAUUUAAUUUUAUUUUAAGAUUGAUGAUUAGCGAGAAACAAAUAUACCUAUUUGGUAUUGAUAAUUUAAUUAGUGUAAUGGUAUAAUGUAGAAGUUUAACAAUAUUUAUUAUUUUUAUGACUUAGUAUUUUUAUUUAUUUUUAACAAUGUUUGUUGAUGAUGAUGGUAAUGUUUGUUAUUUGAAAUUUUGAUUAUGGAUGAAUGAAUGAUGAAUUGAUGAAUUUAAUAUUUAAAAAUUUUAUAUUACUUAAUAUUUUUAAAAUUAAUAAAUAAAAUAAUUUUAAAAUAAUUAUAUGUAUUUUUUUAUAAUAAAAAAUAUGUCAUUAUAAAUAUAUAUUUAAAUAAAUUAAAAGAUAUUUUUAAUCUUUUAUAAAAUUUUAUAAUUUUACAAUUCGAUUUUAUAAUCCGAUUUUAUGAAUUUUCUUACAACUUCACUUAAAACGUUGAUUUUAAUUUGAUGAUGAUAUGUUUUAGGAAAAAUAAAAAAAAUAAAAAAAAGAAUUUCUGCCCUUCUGAUUAUUUUCUUUUUAUUUUCUCUAUGCUAUGCAUUGUUUUUGCUUUUGUUUGCGCUUUCCCUUGGCCUUCAUCCGUCUAUAGAUCUUCUGUUCUGUUCUUCUGGGUUCUCCAUUUUUGCAAUCCUUAAUCUGCGCCUACAAGCAACACUAUAAAAUGGGACUCGACGUAUCGUUGUAGGGUUUUUGGAUGUUGGGAAUCCAUCAUCGAAGCUCCAUUGCCACUAUGCAGUAGGGGUUAUUAGAGUCUGCUCUUCUUCUUUAGUUUCCUUCUCAAUAUGCAAUUGCAAUCAGAGAGGCAAAAGCAGCCAUGGCGCAUCGCUGUCCACGCCAAGUCCAAGUACUUGGAUCUCAGGUUCAAGGCCACCAACAUUCUCCCCACUUCCAAGUUAUUUCCUACUCUUCCCGUCAAGCUCAACUUCAACCUCAACCUCAAGCUCUAUCCUUCUCUGCCCCAGCCCAAGAGAUCAAAGUCCCAACUUUCCAUUCCCACGAGAGGCCUGUCUAUCAAAUCCAAAUUCCUCUUGAUUCUCGGGAAAAUUCGGCAUCAACGCUCCAAGAAUAAAGCCGCUGCUGCCAAGAAAACCUCAAAUCCUCGUCACCCAGAAGCUCAUUUUCCUGUGAAUCAAUCCAGACGUUUUGCUUAUGAGGGAACAAUGUGUGUCAAUUCAACUGUGGUUGGACUCGUUGCUCUCCUCUACCAAUCGAUCUCCCGGAAAGAUGAGAAAGCAAUUAUCUGCUGUGGUUUGAUAAUCUUGCUGUGCCUUGCAUUAAUCUUCAAGAAACUUGUUGCGAAGAGAACAAGGGAGUCACUCGCGAUUGCAAUUAUAGCAGUACUCAGUUGUGUAAUUGGGGUUUAUCUAAGGGAUAUCGUAAAAUUUUUUAUGUAUCAGAUUGUCUCUGCAAAGCAUUAAACUGUUCUUGGAACCUGCUGCUUUUCCUGUUCUGGUAAAUUCUAAAGUUGUGCCUGUUUCUCAAAAAAUUAAAAUGCAGUCAUUUAGAUUUUUCAUUUACAUUUUUGUUACUUAUUAAUUAAUCUAAAUGAGAUACCCACUUUUCAUUUGGUUAAUCAAUUUCAACCUCUUUCUUGGAUAUUUGUUAUUGCAACUCUGGUUUUAUACUUGUCCAUUCUCAUUAGCUUUUUGGCUCUUCCUUAAUUGUUAGCCGUUCUGGAUUUUGAAUUUGGUUUUGUCCAACUGAUGGAUUCAAUUCAGGUUAAUUGGUGCAGUGAUAGAGUAAUGCUGACCAGAAAAUUUUUGACCUAUUAUUUUAUUCUAAACUUGUUUAGCAGUAGAAAUGUUGGGGUUCGUGCCUACAUGCAUAUAUUUAUUAACUGAUAGAUAUAUAAAUUAUUGCAUGACCCUAGGAGUGUGAAAAUUAAACUUUUUAGCUGCCAAUUUGCAAUUCAGUGUUUUGGCAUGUAUGAGUGGUUGAACUACAUGGAAGUUUGAUGAAGGGUCUUCAAUUCUUGGUGGUACUAUUUUACUUAUUUACUGAUCUUGUAACCAGAAAGGUCACAGGUGUGGGUUGUGGAAAGUCUUUUUGCACAAAAGCUCAGGGAAAGUUGCAUCAAUUCUUGCAAAGUGAGGAGCCUUGUACAGUGGAACGCCCUUUAGUAGGGGCAUGCUUGAGUAUUUAAUUGUAAUUCUCAAUUACAUCUUAUGCAUUGUGUAUAAUGCUAAAUUCACGUAAGAAGAAAAAAAGUUGCCAUCUGCAUGCAUAGAAUUGAGUUCUAAGCUGAGAAUAGAGGCAUGUUUCAUGGAAUUCAUCAAUGCAAGGGUGUUUUUUCUUUUUCUCCGUCUUUGAUAUGAAACUCUUAGGUUUUAUUAAGCUUCCCUAAAAAGGCCCCAAUCCUGAAAAUAACCAUAAAUGUGAGAGUUGGCCAGCAUGCUAAUGAUUAAUUUUUGCCUCCAAACUAGUUCAAGGAACAUUGGAGUCCUUCCCUAUGAUGUCAGCAUUCACAUAUGACCAAUUCAUCUAUUGGACAUUCAUUUAUCAGUUCCCCAAUAUAGCCUCUAUCUUAAUACAAAGAUUACUUAUCUUCUAGGUCUCAUCUUGCUUAGUUUCUAGGUCUCAUUUUUGUUCAUAUGUUUUCCUUCUUUUCUCUUCUUUGACAGAAAUAUAUGGUAAACCAGUUUAAGCACAAAAUUUAAAACAUAAGGCAGGCUGUUUCACAUUUUUGAAAGGUUAGAAAAAAAAUUCUAGGCAGAUUACUUUUGUUAGACAUGUCCAUCACCUAGGAUCAUUCACCAUCUACAUUACCUGAACCAAACACCCAAACUUGCACUUUACAGUCUGUACCCUCCCCAGUUAAGGCCAUAGCAAAACCUGAUCAGCCAAUAAACAGAGCAACACGAAAUAGACAAGGGUGCAUUUCCCUGUUGAGUCUCAAUGCUGCAGAAUAAGAUGAUUCUUCUACAAUUCUAUGCGAGCCACUGAAAGAGUUCACAAACCAGAUUGGACCAAUGAGAGAACAUCAGCUCCUUAGGGCACAGCCUCUUUCUCUUCCAUCAGUUCAUGCUCAAAUUCAGAGUACUCCUGUUCUCAAGAAUGUCGAAAGGUUUAAAUCAGGAACUGGAAGUGGCCCUCUCAGUGACUCUGGACCACUUCAAUUGCCUCCAUUGGAAAUAUCACAAAAGUUUUUGUAUAAAGGAGUUGCAGCUGCCAGCCAGAAUUUCUCUCUGGAACAAUGGGAGAAAAUCUUUCUUCCAUGACAUAUAGAGCUUUCUUGGGGAUGAUACUCCUGGCUUGAGAAAACUUGAAGCAUUGUUACUUGAGUUCAUCAUGGCUCCACCCCAGGCCCAUGAGGGAUCAGAUCAAAGGAUGUUGGUUUAUGGGAGGCUUUUCUGUGGAAGCUUGAAACAGUUUUUAUAUGAGAGAUCUAAGGCCCUCCUAUCAAUUGGAAUGCCCAAACUAAAGUUGCUUUAUGUGCUGGACAAGGUCUCAGUAUCUUACAGAGGGUCUUUCCAGGGAUUAGCAAAUCUUUCAGUGGAGGCAUUGGAGAGAGGGCUGCUUAUCCCCCAAGAGCAAUGUUUGGACUUCAGAGUCUUGAUGUGCUUCUUGAAUUGAUCAUAGGCAGGAAGAAUCUCAACGGGUUUUGUCUUGUCCUCAGGAAGAGUGGAAAUGAUCAUAGAUGAGAGGAUGAUGUUCUUUAGAUAAAGUCCAUGGCCUUCCUUAGUUCAAUUAGCUAGUGUGUUGUGUGUGUGUUUCUCCCUGUUUAAUCUAUUACUUUAUAUUUUACGGGGUUCUAGCCUGUUCAUUUGAUAUUGUCUUGAUCAUCCAUUUGAUAGAAGACCGCAAUUGUUUAAAACAUGGCGUGAAUGCAAGCUUGUUUUAGUGGAAUCAUUGAAUCCACUUGCCAGUGCCCAACAUAUGAGAUCCUACUAGUAGGAUAGAGAAACGAAAUAUACAUGCGAUAAAGCUUUGCCUUGCAUAGUUAAGUUGGAUGGGUGGCAGCCACUACUGGAAGAAUUGGAAAAGAAAAAGGAAUAACAUUAACACCGCCCGGGCGGCCACAUAACAUUCACUUGAAUUAAUAUUGUAAAAAGGUAUGAGGAUUCGUCCUACCAAGGCCAAGGGAAUACACAAGUCACAGAUUAAAUACCAACAUAUUAUCACUCUCCACAUUACAAAAAUCGUUCGAGCGCAUUACAAACUGCUGCAGAGAAAGAUACAGUUGCACUAUCUAUACUACUUUCGUGUAUACUUGUAGUAUUCCAGACAACCAGAAAGAAGAUGCAUAUAUAUCAAUUAGUGAAGAAUCAAUCAGCUUUUAUCUCCCACCCAAAGAAAAGGCAAAAAAAAAAAAAGUUGGGCAAGGUGAAAUUCAGGAAGGAUCAUUUGGGCUUUGAGCUGCUACUGCGGCUGCAAGCUCAUCCUCCCCUCUGCUCUCCUGCUGCUGCUGCUGCUCAUUAACCACAGGGGUAACACAAUGAUCCUCGUGUGGCCGUCCUUCACUCUCUCCGGUUGCUUGUGGCAGUGACUGUGAUCCUGAACUCCCUUGCUGCUCAUAGAUCAAGCUCGUAAGACCAUUCUGCUUCAGAUAAGUUUCCAA